CAUAGCAUAGACAAGAACACACCUGCACUGCCUUCAAGUUCAAGCGUUUCUUGACUCCCCCAAAGUUUUUUUCUGUGAUUUUAAUGUGACUGCAACAAAUUUUGGAUGUGGAAAGUCAAUAAAAUAAGUGUAUUUAUUUUAUGAUAUAUAGUUGUUUAGCGUAUAUAGGCUUAGUAGCUGUUAUUAACUAUAAAUAGGUCAAGUAGGAUAGAAAUGAGUGAGACACCGCAGGACUGUGACCUGCCUCCAGCAAAGAAAUUAAAACGUGAUGAGAGUUGUGAUCUCCCUAAGUCAGGAACUGACUCAAAGUUUGCAAAUGACAAGUACGAAGAUUUCGUUUCACCUGAAGAGUUGGAGAAGCUCAAGGAGUUCCAAGUUCUAGACGAAGUCAGGUCCAACGAUGAAGAUAGCAAUGACGAUGACUCCGAAAUGUCUGAUGGCAAAUCCGAUGGCCUGCCUGAGGAUGAGAUCGAGAAGAUGCUGGAAGAGGAUCUCCCGGAGGGAUUCAAGGGAGCGCCCAAGCCCAAGGAGAGGCCCUAUAUCACGAGGCAGAAGAUCGUGCUUGAAGAGAAAGGCGUGAACUACUACGAGGUGCUGCCGCUGGACUGGAUGAUGGUGCGCCACUACAGCGGCAUGCCGGUGUACGUGCACCGCACCACGCGCGUCUGCACGCUCUCCAAGCCCUACUUCCUCGGCAAGGGCAACACCCGGAGACAUGAUAUACCCAUUAGUGCAAUACCCUGUUUGUCGUAUAGAAAAGCUUUGGAAGAAGAAAAAAAGCAAAAAGAAAUAGAUAAAAGAAUUGCAGAACAAAUUAGAUCUGGCAAUUGGGUGGUUAAUUCUGCUGAUAAUAAUGGAGAUAAGGAAUCUGUAGCCAAUGCAAGUAAUGAAAAAACNGGUAGGAUAGAAAUGAGUGAGACACCGCAGGACUGUGACCUGCCUCCAGCAAAGAAAUUAAAGCGUGAUGAGAGUUGUGAUCUCCCCAAAUCAGGAACUGACUCAAAGUUUGCAAACGACAAGUACGAAGAUUUCGUUUCACCUGAAGAGUUGGAGAAGCUCAAGGAGUUCCAAGUUCUAGACGAAGUCAGGUCCAACGAUGAAGAUAGCAAUGAUGAUGACUCCGAAAUGUCUGAUGGCAAAUCCGAUGGCCUGCCUGAGGAUGAGAUCGAGAAGAUGCUGGAAGAGGAUCUUCCGGAGGGAUUCAAGGGAGCGCCCAAGCCCAAGGAGAGGCCCUAUAUCACGAGGCAGAAGAUCGUGCUUGAAGAGAAAGGCGUGAACUACUACGAGGUGCUGCCGCUGGACUGGAUGAUGGUGCGCCACUACAGCGGCAUGCCGGUGUACGUGCACCGCAGCACGCGCGUCUGCACGCUCUCCAAGCCCUACUUCCUCGGCAAGGGCAACACAAGGAGACAUGAUAUACCCAUUAGUGCAAUACCCUGCUUGUCGUAUAGAAAAGCUUUGGAAGAAGAAAAAAAGCAAAAAGAAAUAGAUAAAAGAAUUGCAGAACAAAUUAGAUCUGGAAAUUGGGUGGUUAAUUCUGCUGAUAAUAAUGGAGAUAAGGAAUCUGUAGCCAAUGCAAGUAAUGAAAAAAAUAACGAAAUAAAUAAUGUUGACGAUAGAAACGAAAAUGUAGUCACAAAAUGUCCCUUUAAGUUUAGUAAUACAAUAAAUGCCGAUAAUGUUGUAUUAAAUAAUGAUGGGUACAAAAACGACAACGUAGAACAAUCUCUAGCUAGUGAAACUACAAACGAAGAUAAAUUAACGAAAAUUAAUUUGCUAAAAAACGAAGCUAGAAAACCUUCUCUUUCGAAGAUUGAAAAUACUUUUGCAUUGCAUAAUGAAGAUACAAAGAAAAAUCUACUUGCAAAGAUGAUUGUUGACUCUGAAGCAAUUAAAAUGGGUACAGAAGCAACUAAAAUGGGUACAGAAGCAACAAAAAUGGGCUCGGAAACGACUAAAAUGGGUACGGAAGCCGCACAGAAAACAUUAGCUGAAGAGAACGAAAAAGAGUGCAAUAGUAACAAAACAAAACAAGCAGAGCCCGUUACAAAGAAAGAGGUGUCGAACGAAACAAAUGAGGACGAAUCUGAGCAUUCUCAAGAUGAGCAAGUGUUGAAUACGGAGGGUGUUAACGAAGGGUGUGAGGUACCGGAGGCGGCGGGGCAAAGGCCUGUGGUGCUCCCUGGGGGGGUGGUCAUGCCGCCGCCGCGGGUGGAGACCGUGGCCACGAGCUGGAAGACGCAGCACCUCACGCCCGAACAAGUCAACGAGUACUGCAAAAGGCUGUUUAAGUUCAACACGGUGAAUAUUAUGCACUUCAUGCGGUGGGCCGACCGUCGCAAGUACACGAAGGCGCGCAAGACGCUGCAGUACCCGACGCUGCCGGAGGGCACCAAGCUCAUCACCAUCCCCGCCGCGCCCGCCAACGGGCAGGACAACGGAGCCAAGACGAACAAGCGAGACUGGGUGCUGAACAUGAACGGACGCAGCUACCUGUCGGUGUUCCACGAGUACGUGCGGCGCGCGCUGCAGAAGCAGCCGGUUUAUGAGUUCGUGCAGCUGGAGAACGCCGCGACCCCGUACCAAGCGACGGUGUACAUCGGCGGCAUGCAGUACGGCGUGGGGCACGGCUCCAGCAAGCGGCAGGCCAAGUCGGCCGCCGCGCGCGCCUCCAUCCACAUCCUCAUCCCGGAGAUGAAGGACGAGCUGGACGCCGGCACCAGCGCGCAGGAGCCCGACUUCUCGUUUUUCGACUACGUGGGCAUCGAGGACCCGCGCAUCACGGAGUUCUGCGCCGCCACGUGCGAGCCGUCGCCGCACGCCAUCUUGCGGACCUGUCUGCUGCGCAACUUCGGCGCCACCGACCGACACAUCUCCACAGAGAUGAAGAAGCUGGAGUUCCAGAAGAUCGAGCUGACGAUGAAGGUGGGCAAGCACAGCGCCACCGUCGUCUGCAAGAACAAGAAGACCGCCAAGCAGCGCGCCUCACAGGCCAUACUACAAGUAAGAUUCCUCCUGUUUAUAGUCAUAAAGCCCGAGAACGCCGCGACCCCGUACCAAGCGACGGUGUACAUCGGCGGCAUGCAGUACGGCGUGGGGCACGGCUCCAGCAAGCGGCAGGCCAAGUCGGCCGCCGCGCGCGCCUCCAUACACAUCCUCAUCCCGGAGAUGAAGGACGAGCUGGACGCCGGCACCAGCGCGCAGGAGCCCGACUUCUCGUUCUUCGACUACGUGGGCAUCGAGGACCCACGCAUCACGGAGUUCUGCGCCGCCACGUGCGAGCCGUCACCGCACGCCAUCUUGCGGACCUGUCUGCUGCGCAACUUCGGCGCCACCGACCGACACAUCUCCACAGAGAUGAAGAAGCUGGAGUUCCAGAAGAUCGAGCUGACGAUGAAGGUGGGCAAGCACAGCGCCACGGUCGUCUGCAAGAACAAGAAGACCGCCAAGCAGCGCGCCUCACAGGCCAUACUACAAGCGCUGCAUCCGCACGUGAGGUCGUGGGGCUCGCUGCUGCGGCUGUACGGCUCGCGCUCCGUCAAGAGCUGCAAGGAGAAGAAGCUGGAGGAGCAGCAGAUCACGCUGCUGCAGGACAAGGCGCGUCACAACGAGCCCAACUACGCGGUGCUAGAGAAGCUUCGCCACGAGAUGUGCAAGCUGCGCGAGCGCGACGCCGCCUGCGCGCCCAUCGGCACGCUGCUGCUCGCCGCCGCGCUGCCCACGCACUCCGGCGCCAACCUCAACAACGUCGAGCUGUGACCCCGUGGCCCCCGGCCCUCAGACACUAGCUGUGACCCCCGACGACGCAAGCUGUGACCCCCGACGCCGCCUGCGCGCCCAUCGGCACGCUGCUGCUCGCCGCCGCGCUGCCCACGCACUCCGGCGCCAACCUCAACAACGUCGAGCUGUGACCCCGUGGCCCCCGGCCCUCAGACACUAGCUGUGACCCCCGACGACGCAAGCUGUGACCACUGCGCACACCCGGUAUAAUCGAGAAAAACUGUGACCCCUGCGCGCCCCACCGACCUUAAAACGACACCGCGACGCCAGCUGUGACCUGUAUACCGCCGCGUGCUGUGACUCUCGCACUCCUGUGACUCCCACGUCUCCCACUGCCGUCUACUGAGAGAAAUCGUGACCCCUAUGCGACUUACUGACCUCAACGACGCCAGUUGUUUUUGCGCUCCGAUCCAACGUUAAACAAUGCGAGCUUUUAACUCACAUUAAGGUCGAUAACCUUAACGAUGUGAGCUGUGACCGCCGCGUACCAACGCGCAACCAAGAAAAACUGUGAUCCCCGCGCUCAUCCGUAUUCAACAACGCCUAACUGUGGGUCACAGCCACGUGUCCCACAGACGUCUACCAAGAGCAACCGUGACCCAAUUAUGACCCUCCGACUCGUCGGUGCCAGAUCUCGCGUGCCACGAUGUCCCGCCGAUGUCACACACUUUAUAACGAAACGUAAACUCGCGAGGAAAUUCCUUCAACUCCAGCUACACUCCCACUCACACUCGUGCGUUGGAUUAAUAUGCGCCGAGCUUUAACUUUGUUUCACCAUCGGAAACUCAAUAUUCCACAACAACUACGAAUACGCUUAAGUAGGCUCAAAUGUACGGAGCGGCUGGUGGUGAAGUGCAAUAAAAUAAAAUCCCAGUUACAAUUGUGACAAGGUUGAUUUCGCAGGAGUUUUCACUUAAGCCAGACACACAGGCAGUGUCUGACGCGUUUUGACGCAUUAUCCAAUUUGUCAGUUGUCA